AUGGUCAACCUACGAGCUGUGGGCUCUUUUGCAACGCGAGCUGCGUUGCUUGCCUCGAGCCAGCUCUCGGAAAGGGCAGAUAGGGCUACUUACACCCAGAACUCAGUUGAUGCCAUCAAGGCCCUGCAAACAUGGUACGACUCUGGAACGGGUCUCUGGACAUCGACCGGGUGGUGGAACGGCGGCAACUGCCUCACCGUCCUUGCUGACUUUUCGGCCCUCAAUGCCAACGAGGCGAACAAGCUGAACCUGGGCGGCGUCUUCGCCAACACUUUUCAAAACGCACAGAGGUCGACGGCCAUGGCCGUCGUCAAGACCAUGUCUCCCUCUGGCUUGAUGACCAGCUCGUACAGCGCCAUCGCCGCUCGAGAUCUUGCGGAGCGUGGGUUCGCGGGCUUCAUCAAUGACUACUACGACGAUGAGGGUUGGUGGGCUCUGGGCCUCAUCCGAGCCUACGAUGUCACCGGGGAGAACGCCUACCUGCAGAUGGCAGAGAGCAUCUUUGAGGACAUGAAGGGCGGCACCGACAACACCUGCGGCGGCGGCAUCUGGUGGAGCAAGGAGAAGAAGUACAAGAACGCCAUCGCCAAUGAGCUGUACCUGAGUGUUGCCGCCUCCCUGGCCAACCGCGCCAGCAACAAGCAGUAUUACAAGGACAUCGCGACCCAGCAAUGGGCGUGGUUCAAAGGCUCCGGCAUGAUCAACUCGAACAACCGAAUCAACGACGGCCUCAACAUUGGCUCGGACGGCAAGUGCACCAACAACGGCCAGAAUGAGUGGACCUACAACCAGGGCGUCGUGCUGGGCGGCCUGGUCGAGCUCUACAGAGCGGGCGGCGGUGCAGAUCUGCUCGCGCAGGCCAAAACGAUCGCACGCGCCGCCAUCAGCAAGCUCUCCCAAGACGGCAUCUUGCACGAGAGCUGCGAGCCCAACUGCGGAGCCGACGGCGCGCAGUUCAAGGGCAUCUUCAUGCGGAACCUGCACUACCUGCAGAGCACGUCGCCCGAGAGCGACUUCAAGACGUUCAUCAUGGCCAAUGCCGACUCGAUCUGGUCCAAGGACCGGGCUGACGGCAACAAACUGGGCCUCGUCUGGUCCGGCCCUCCCAGCGCAGAGAACGGUCCUACUGCAGGCACUCAUAGCUCAGCCAUGGAUGCGUUGGUAGCCGCCGUUGCUGCUGCCUAA